AUGUCAUCAAGAACAGUGGUGGUGGCAACAGCAAGCCCACCUGUUCAGACUAUGGCUGAGACUACCACAAACAGGAGCAGCCCGAGAAGUGCCCUGAGCCCUGUGGAAAACAUACCCACUAACAUUUCCACCAUGAGCCCCAAACCCACCACAGGGCCCAAACCCACCACGGGACCCAUACCCACCAUGGGACCCAUACCCACUGAGGGACCCAAACCCACUGUGGGACCAAUAUCCACCGUGGGACCCACACCCACCAUGGGACCCACACCCACCACAGGGCCCCAAACACAACGUACCACCAUUCAAGUGACAUCGGACCAGCCAGUGCAAAGCACAACAGGUAGGUCCACACCCAGCCCCUCCAACAGCACCACCUCUGUGGUUUCAGUGUCCACCACACUGGUGACCACCACCCAGGCACAAACUAAGGAGCCAACUGCCAGCACACCAGUGCCUCCCAUCAGUCCAGCCCCUGAGGUGGAGUCCACAGCCCCCACCACACAGCCAAGUCCUACAUCACCUCCACAGGGCACUGGUGGGCCAGGUACAUCCCAGACCCCAGAGUGGAUAGAGACCAAAGCCACACCUGGUACUGCCUCUGUUGGACCCAUACCUAAGCGCUCAGAGGAUCCUCAGGUGCCAGCCACAGACUUGUGCUAACUCAGCACCCAAGGCCAGUACUUAGUGGUCACCACUGAGCCCCUGACCACAUCCUUAGUGAACAGAACAUUCCUCCUGGUAGUGCUUGUACUAGGGGUGACCCUCUUCAUCAUGGUCCUGGUGUUGUUUGCCCUGCAAGUUUCCAAAAGCUACAAGAAGAGGGAUUACACACAGGUGGACUACCUUAUCAAUGGCAUGUAUGUUGACUCUGAGACGUGA